ACGCGGGCGGACGGCGCAGAGCCGCACGCGGACCCGCGAGGCAACGAGGACGCGGCGCAGCGGCGGCAGGGACAGAAGGCGCCACACGGCCGGGCGGCCCGCGCAGAGAGCAUCAUGGCAGAGCAGGUGGCCCUGAGCCGGACCCAGGUGUGCGGCAUCCUGCGGGAAGAGCUGUACCAGGGCAACGCUUUCCAUCGAUCCGAUACACAUAUCUUCAUCAUCAUGGGUGCAUCGGGCGACCUGGCCAAGAAGAAGAUCUACCCCACCAUCUGGUGGCUGUUCCGGGAUGGCCUUCUGCCCGAAGACACCUUCAUCGUGGGCUACGCCCGCUCCCAGCUCAGGGUGGCCGACAUCCGCAAGCAGAGCGAGCCCUUCUUCAAAACCACACCGGAGGAGAAGGCCAAGCUGGAGGAGUUCUUUGCCCGCAACUCGUAUGUGGCUGGCCAGUAUGACGACGCGGCCUCCUACCAGCGCCUCAACAGCCACAUGAAUGGCCUUCACCAGGGGCCACAGACCAACCGCCUCUUUUACUUGGCUUUGCCGCCCACAGUCUAUGAGGCGGUCACCAAGAACAUCCACGAGACCUGCAUGAGCCAGACAGGCUGGAACCGUGUCAUUGUGGAAAAGCCCUUCGGGAGGGACCUGCAGAGCUCUGACCGGCUGUCCAACCACAUCUCAUCCCUGUUCCGUGAGGACCAGAUCUACCGCAUUGACCACUACCUGGGCAAGGAGAUGGUGCAGAACCUGAUGGUGCUGAGGUUUGCCAACCGGAUCUUUGGCCCCAUCUGGAACCGGGACAACAUUGCCUGUGUCAUCCUCACUUUCAAGGAGCCCUUUGGCACCGAGGGCCGUGGGGGCUACUUCGAUGAAUUUGGGAUCAUCCGGGACGUGAUGCAGAACCACCUGCUGCAAAUGCUGUGUCUGGUGGCCAUGGAGAAGCCCGCCUCCACUGACUCGGACGACGUACGCGACGAGAAGGUCAAGGUGUUAAAGUGCAUCUCUGAGGUGCGGUCCGAGAACGUGGUCCUAGGCCAGUACGUGGGCAAGCCCGGCGGCGAGGGGGAGUCAGCCAGAGGGUACCUGGACGACCCCACAGUGCCUCGCGGCUCCACCACUGCCACCUUUGCGGCCGUUGUCCUCUACGUGGAGAACGAGAGGUGGGAAGGGGUGCCUUUCAUCCUGCGCUGUGGCAAAGCCCUGAACGAGCGCAAAGCCGAGGUGCGUCUGCAGUUUCGCGACGUGGCAGGCGACAUCUUCCAGCAGCAGUGCAAGCGCAACGAGCUGGUGAUCCGCGUGCAGCCCAACGAGGCUGUGUAUACCAAGAUGAUGACCAAGAAGCCCGGCAUGUUCUUCAACCCUGAGGAGUCCGAGCUGGACCUGACCUACGGCAACAGAUACAAGAAUGUGAAGCUCCCGGAUGCCUACGAGCGCCUCAUCCUGGACGUGUUCUGUGGGAACCAGAUGCACUUCGUGCGCAGUGACGAGCUCCGGGAAGCCUGGCGGAUCUUCACACCACUGCUGCACGAGAUCGAGCGCGAGAAGCCCCAGCCCAUCCCCUAUGUUUACGGCAGCCGAGGCCCCGCGGAGGCAGACGAGCUGAUGAAGAGAGUGGGCUUCCAGUACGAGGGCACCUACAAGUGGGUGAACCCCCACAAGCUCUGAGCCCCGCCCCCCAGGUCCCCGCCCCACCCGCCGUGGCCCCAUCUGUCCUUGUGCCUCCCAUUCGCCCGCCAGCCCGAGCCCACGUCGGGAGGGCUUCGGACCAUAAGCCUCACAUUCCUGGCCACUGGCCACCCUGCCCGCUCUGUGCCGCCUGCCACCCUGGGCCUAGUGACAUUCCGCAAGCACCACGCACUUGAGACUUGCGCCAUGACCGUCCCUGGCUGCCACCACCCCUUCCUGAGCCAGCUUCUGCCGGGACAGGAGGAAGGGAUGGCAAGGAGGGGUGGCGGCCACUCCACACUCCGCCAGCUCUGAGCGAGCUCCUCACAGCUGGGGGGAAGGGGCCGAGCGCUUUCCCACCCAUCUCAGUGCCACUUGACAUUCCUGGUCACCCGCUGGAAGGGACCUCCGUGCCGCCCAGCGGUCCCCUGUGUCGUGGGCCCCCCCCGAAUGUCCCUCCACCCCACCCUGCCCCUACAACUCUGCACUCCAUGGGCCACACACCCACAGGGGGCCCCCUUGCCACUGGAAGGGCUGGAAGAGCAAGGGGCAUGCACCGACUCAGCCCCUGCCAUUAAAUCCGCAGACAGAC